AUGUGUAACACCCCUGGGCUACAGACUAAAGGUGCCAAAAGCUACGCAUAUCACAGUGAUGCAGUGAAGGGACAGAAGGUGAAGAUGGACAAAAAGGACAAGCAACAGAUGUUCACUGGUCUCCUGAAGCGCGCGCCACCUUUGGCCUCCGCUGCAGCAGCCUCCUCCUCUGCCUCGGACCAAAACAGCAACUCACAAACUACAGUUCCCAUUAUCCCACGGGGAUACCUGGUCGUGGGCCCCAAGGGCCAGCUCCGCCUCCUCACCCCCGUGGGCAGCACGGCGACGUCCAAUGACUGCACGACCACUGGGGCCCACGCCACUGCACUCCGGAGGAGCCCCGCGACCUCCUUCCUCCCUGAGCGAGGAGGUGGAGCACCUCCUCCUGCCUCAGGACUCCACUCUGAUGUCCUGGGGCAGGUCCAAGGCACCCAGGCCAAGAGCCAUGUCCGGGCCAACAGCAAGACCACAGUCCCCUCAGCUCCAAAACAGAGGGGCUGCAAACCCAGAGACCCUGGUGCAGCUCCAGUGGAGAAGAAGAAGGAGGGGAAGAGGAGAAACCAGGAGCUGGCUGUCCAGGAGGGGGUGGAGCGCGACAACACUACCUCAAUGUCAGCCCUCAACAUGGGUGGAGAGGACAACCAGGACCCCCUGGAUAAUGCGAAGCGGCGUUCAGGACGACAGGCCAAGAGGAGGAAAUACAACACCGGUCGCAUCUCGGCGCUUAACGCCACCGUGCUGGCAUGGCAGGCCGAGGAGCCACCUGAAGACGAGGCCAACAUCAUUGAGAAAAUUCUGUCUGUCAGGACAGUGAAGAAAGAGACUUCAUUGUCAGAGGAACAAGUGGAGGAGACAGAGGACCCUGACAAGAAACCACAGGAGAGGUCAUUUGAUGAACGUCCUCCUCUGGAAAAACAGCUGGAGCACUCCAGAGAUUACCACAAUGGAAACCAGCUCAGAGAAUACCAGUUAGAGGGAAUGAACUGGUUACUGUUCAACUGGUACAACAGAAAAAACUGCAUCCUGGCAGAUGAGAUGGGUUUGGGAAAGACCAUCCAGUCCAUCACCUUCCUGUAUGAGAUCUUCAACAUGGGGAUCCAUGGCCCCUUCCUCAUCAUAGCCCCCCUGUCCACCAUCAGCAACUGGGAGAGGGAGUUUCGCACAUGGACGCACAUGAAUGUCGUCGUGUAUCACGGCUCCCAGAUCAGCCGGCAGAUGAUCCGGCAGUACGAGAUGUUUCACAGUGACCCGCAGGGUAACACUAUCCCAGGUGUGCUGAAGUUUCACGGGCUGAUCACCACCUUUGAGGUGAUCAUAGCCGACUGUCCGGAGUUGAAGAAGCUGCACUGGUGCUGUGUGGUGAUUGACGAAGCUCAUCCACUGAAGAACAGGAAGUGCAAACUGCUGGAGGGCCUCAGACUCAUGAACCUGAUGUUCCUGUCCAUGUUUCUAACAGGAACCCCUCUGCAGAACUCUGUGGAAGAGUUGUUCAGUCUGUUGAACUUCUUGGAGCUGCUGCAGUUUCCCUCAGAGAGCAGCUUCCUGGAAGGGUUUGGAGACCUGAAAACAGAUGAACAGGCGAAGAAGCUUCAGGCCAUUUUGAAGCCCAUGAUGUUACAGAGACUGAAAGAUGAUGUAGAGAAAAACCUGGCACCUAAAGAAGAGACCAUCAUAGAGGUGGAGCUGACCAACAUUCAAAAGAAAUACUACCGAGCCAUCUUGGAGAAGAACUUCUCCUUCCUGUGCAAAGGAGCAAGCAAACGCAAUCUGCCCAACCUCAUUAACACCAUGAUGGAGCUCCGCAAGUGCUGCAACCACCCCUACCUUAUCACAGGAGCAGAAGAGAAGAUUCUGGAAAGCUUCAAGAAGAGCCACAGUCCGGAUGCGGUGGACUUCCAGCUGCAGGCCAUGAUUCAGGCAGCUGGUAAACUGCUGCUGAUUGAUAAGCUGCUGCCCAAACUGCUGGCCGGGGGACACAAAGUCCUGGUCUUCUCCCAGAUGGUCUGCUGUCUGGACAUCCUGGAGGACUACCUCCUCCAGAGACGAUGAACAAAGAAUGUGAUCAACGAACGCAUCGACGGCAGCGUGCGAAACAACCUGCGGCAAGCGGCCAUCGACCGGUUUUGCAAGCCGGACUCAGACCGCUUUGUUUUCCUGCUGUGCACCAGAGCCGCAGGGCUGGGAAUCAACCUGACAGCCGCCGACACCUGCAUCAUCUUCGACUCGGACUGGAACCCCCAGAACGACCUGCAGGCCCAGGCACGCUGCCACCGGAUUGGCCAGAGCAAAGCGGUGAAAGUCUACAGACUGAUCACCAGGAACUCGUACGAGAGGGAGAUGUUUGACAGGGCCGGUCUGAAGCUCGGAUUGGACAAAGCUGUCCUCCAAGACAUCAACCGUAAAGGAAGCCUCAAUGGGGUGCAGCAGCUUUCUAAGCUAGAGGUGGAGGAUUUGUUGAAAAAAGGAGCACAUGGAGCCCUGAUGGACGAAGAAGACGAGGCCUCUAAGUUCUGUGAGGAAGACAUCGACCAGAUACUUCAGAGACGAACUCAGACCAUCACCAUCCAGUCUGAGGGGAAAGGAUCCACGUUUGCAAAGAUCUCUCCUGCAAAGUCUCUUCAAAGUCCACCUUUUCUCCUCCUGAUUCCAGUUUUCUCUCUCACGCAGGAGUCCUUGGUGAUCGACACGCCUCGGGUGAGGAAGCAGACCCGACACAACUCCUUUGUGGACGACAAGCCGAUGGAGUUCUCAGAGCUGGAUGGCGAUUCGGAGGAGCGGCCAUGUCGCCGUCGGCGGUACCUCCGCGCAGAGUGCUUUCGGGUUGAAAAGAAUCUGCUUAUCUUUGGUUGGGGUCGGUGGAAGGACAUUCUAAACUAUGGUCUGUUUAAAUGGGACCUGGCAGAGAGAGACAUGGAGGUGGUGUGCACGGCUCUGCUGGUUUACUGCCUGAGACACUACAAAGCUGAUGACAAGAUCAAGAGCUUCAUCUGGGAUCUGAUCUCACCCACCAAGGAAAGCCAGGACCAGGCACUGCGCAGUCACUCUGGUUUAUCAGCUCCAGUUCCUCGGGGUGGGAGGGGGAAGACGCCGAGGAAUCAGUUAAAUGUUCCUGAGGUGAAGAACGCUGACUGGCUGCUUCACUGUAACCCUGAGGUGGUUCUGCAGGAUGAGAGCUACAAGAAACACCUCAAACAACACUGCAGCAGGGUGCUGCUGAGGGUGAGGAUGUUGUACUACCUGAAGGUGGAGGUGCUGGGUGAAGCUGCCAGUCAGGCUCUCGAGGGGAUACCUGCCAGUAAACUUGAGGUGUCACUACCAGACGUCGACUACAUAGACAUUCCUGCUACAUGGUGGGAUGCAGAAGCUGACAAGUCUCUCCUCAUAGGAGUCCACAAACACGGAUUUGAGCGGUACAGCACCAUGCGUGCUGAUCCAGAACUGUGUUUCCUGGAGAGGGUGGGGAUGCACGACGUCACAGCGCUGCCUGCUGAACAGGGAGGAGGAGAAGGGGCCUCCGACAUGGCUGACAGUGUGUGCAAAACCGAGGAGGCGAAGGACGACACUGAGAGCAAAGCUGAUGGAGGGGAGGACAGAGACAAGAGCAUGAAGCACGCAGGUACUUUAAGGUCGGAUGUUGAGGGAAAGCUGUGCAGUAAUUAAGCUCGUUUUUCCAGACAAAGCAGUGCUGUCUCUGUCCUCACAGACUCCCAGAUGUCAGGUGACUUGUGCACACAGGACGGGCCUUUGGUCACCAUGACGGCAAGAAGAGCAGGAACGGGUGUGGCGGCUCUACAUGUGGUCCAGGCCCGACCGCUGUGGCCCACUGGAUCAGCCUUGACCAUCGCCGCCUACCAGCGGUUCACGCUACACUGCGAGCCGCUGCUCAGACACGGCUUCCUGCUCCACGACGGCCUCCUUGGCAGGGGGAUCGGAGGAACCGGAGCCUCUCACAGUCAUCACGCUGGCGGGCCGCUGGCCUGGAAGCUGGGAGAGGAGCGGAGGAGGGGUCCUGUGGUCGCAGCAGAACCUGACCCCCUGUUUCUGGAGUGGCAGAGAAGGUGGACUCAUCGAGACCAAGCAGACUUUUACCGCACUGUGUCGUCGUUUGGGGUGGUGUACGACCCACUGACGAAAACCUUCGACUGGUCCCAGUUCCGAGCGCUGGCCCGACUGGAGAGGAAGACGGACGAGAGUUUGAAGAGAUAUUUCAAAUCCUUCAUCAACAUGUGCAGGACGGCCUGCAAGCUGCCUUCGAGGAAGGAAGGAGGGCCGGUGGAUCCCGCUGUGCAGGUAGAGCCUCUGACAGUGGAGACAGCAGCCCGGACUUUAUACCACAUCAGGCUGCUCCGCAAGAUCAGAGAGCAGGUUCUCCGUCACCCGUUACUCUCAGCCGCCUCCAGCUGUCCUUCCUUGAGGCUCAAAGGAACUACGUCAGGGUACAGCCCCAUCAUGUUCAUCGUCAGAGUCAUCACCACCCUCACUGUCCAGACUUGGUGGUUCAUCCUGGCAUCAUGUCCUCAUCUUCCUCCUCGUCUCAUCUGCACGAUUCGGGACUCGGUCGCCAUGCCCCUCAGCCUCCCAAGUAUCCCCACCAGUCCUCUCAACACCAUCAUCACCACCAGCAUCACACUGUGCCUCCAUCAGCUCCGUCUCCUUCCUCCUCCUCCUCCUCCUCCUCCUCUUCCUCUCACCCUCACCUCCACCCUCCACCACUGCAUGCCCACGAUUGGGCCUCGCCGAGCCUGGGAAUAAUGCCUGGGUCACAGGGAGAUUUCCUGGACUGUCCUCCUUUGGAUGAAACCCUGGAGCUGAGUUCCCUGCAGCAUGACACCAUGUCUGCAGAGGCUUUAUACGGAGGGAAGGCAUCUAAAGACGCCCUGAGUGGUUUUCCCUU